AUGUCGAUUUAUUUACAGCUGAAAGCAAAGUUCAAAUACCAAAGGCAACAUCUUGAUGUGAUUUUGCGAUAUAAACUCAUAGAAUACCGUGAUUUUCCAAAAUUUAAUUAUCGCUGGUCUUCACUAAGUCAAAAAGUCAGAAACAAAGGAGCCCUUGAAACUUUAAGCCCACCAACAGCAGCAUACUGCGUUGCACUACCAGCGACUAUAACGAAGAAGGCAUUGAAAAGAACAGCGAAGCGUAUGGACGAAACUGGAAAAAAAGCCAGAAUUCUUGAAAAUGCUAUUAAUAGCAUAACGCAAAGGAAUCGAAAUCGAUCCAUUUUUCAUUCAGUAGAACAGUUGGCCAAAUCCGUUACUUUUUAUCAUCCUGAAUUCACCAUUUUGAAUGGUAUUAGUCAGUUCGAUUUUGAACAAAUAAAUAAAACUGAACUAAAUAAAAAAUGA